AUGGGAAACACGUGUGCUUGUUCUGCAUCGUCUGCCAGCAGUGGUGCGGGCCAGGGCCAGGGCGAGUGCAAAAUGAAUUGCAAAAUGUCUAUUUUAAUUGGCGUUUUAAUAGGCGUUGUUUGCUCGUUCUUAAUAUUCGCCAUAUGUUUCAACGUCGGGCUUUUGGCAUUGGAAACGGACGUGUUCUCCAAUAUGUUCCGAAAAUCUCCAAGCCUUCCAUCCAACAAAUAA